UACGAAUGUCCCCUUCCCAUUAUCAAGAUUUUUCAUGUCUCUGCCUCCUUCCAACUCCAACCCACACCUCUCUCUAAACUUAAAUCUUUCCUACACAAAUCAUUAUGAGUAAUUGGUUGGGUUUUUCUCUUACUCCCCAUCUCAGAAUCCACGACGCCACCGCCGCCGAUGAACAACCCAACCACGCCGCCGCUGCCGCCUUCCCGCAUCUCAUGCCACUCCGCUCCGACGGAUCUCUUUGUAUCACCGCCGCCGCCCACGAUUGGAGAUCGUAUGAGAAUGAUGAAGAGGAAAGUCCAAAGCUUGAGGACUUUUUGGGGAAUUGCUAUUCAAACUCACCGCCGAACGAUCAGACCCAUACUAACAACGCGGCCGCCGCUUUUAUUCAACCAAAUAGUAAUAAUAAUGAUGAUGAUGAUGAUGAUGAUGAUAAUUACGAUUACCAGGCGGAUCAUCAAUCUCUAAUUCCAAACAAUACUAAUGUAAUUUACAAGUCUUGGUUAGGACCCACUUCGCAAAAUGAGAGUGGGUUUCAAUCUCUAUCUCUGGGGAUGAGCCCCAACUUUCAAAACGACAUCGCUUCAUUGCAUUCACCGCCCUCACCCCAGCCGCCGCAUAUGGCAGCUGAUUCCCGGAAACGACCCAUGCCGGUAGCCAAGCCGUUGAUUAAAGAACCUGUACCUAGAAAGUCCAUCGAUACCUUCGGACAAAGAACCUCCCAGUAUCGCGGCGUCACAAGGCAUAGAUGGACAGGAAGAUAUGAGGCACAUUUAUGGGACAACAGCUGUAGAAAAGAGGGACAAACAAGAAAGGGAAGGCAAGUUUAUCUUGGUGGUUAUGAUAAGGAAGAGAAAGCGGCACGAGCAUAUGAUUUAGCUGCACUAAAAUAUUGGGGACCAACAACGCAUAUUAAUUUUCCACUGAGCACUUAUGAAAAUGAGCUGGAAGAGAUGAAGAACAUGAGCAGACAAGAGUUUGUAGCCAAUUUGAGAAGGAAAAGCAGUGGAUUCUCAAGAGGAGCCUCAAUGUAUAGAGGAGUUACAAGACAUCAUCAACAUGGAAGGUGGCAAGCUAGAAUAGGAAGGGUUGCAGGAAAUAAAGAUUUGUACCUUGGCACAUUUAGCACACAAGAGGAGGCAGCGGAGGCCUACGACAUAGCAGCAAUCAAGUUUAGGGGGACGAGUGCAGUGACAAAUUUCGACAUUAGUAGGUAUGACGUAAAGAGGAUUUGCUCUAGCUCGACUCUAAUUGCUAGUGACCUUGCAAAACGUUCUCCAUUAAAGGACGGUACUCCCUCAACUACUGAAGACUAUACUGCAUGUGCUUCUCCCUCAUCGUCCCCGCAGCCUCUCUUGGCCAUAACUGGCAAUGGUGGUAUCGAGAGCCACCACGAGUUGGUUGACAUGGUUUGGUGUGACAACGCUGUUGCAGACGAUAAUAAUCAACACCACGAGAAUGUAGGAAAGAUGGAGAACGACUUGAGUUUGACGGGUUCGUCGAGCAAUAGAACGAUGGAUCCAUCGUCGAAGUGCUCUCGGCCAGUACAAAACAACGAAGAGUUCGGGAAUGGGGUCGGAGGAGGGGAGUAUUCACAAGGCUAUUUCUCAAUGCAAGGAGAAAAAUAUGAAGAUGGGAAUGUGGAGGGAGAUCAAAAUAGGCAGGAGAAUGUAACAAUGGGACAUCAUCAUGCUCCAAUGUUUGCUCUAUGGAACCAAUGAGCUUAGGGGAAUUAGAAAAGGGAAACUGUCUCUUCUAUUGAUUGUAUUUUUUGGAAUCAGUUUUUAUGGGGUUUUCCAAGUUUUUUUAGGUUAGAAAGCUGAUGGAAGUUAAAAGGUUGAAUGGUAGGUAGGGUGGCAACUGGUAGGAAAUAGAAUUAGUUGGGAAUAUAGUUUAAAGCUUUGAAAAUGUUGGAUUUUGAUUCUUUCUCUUUUCCAACAUUUGUGGCAAUGCCAAGUAUAAAAUUGAGGAAGUUAUUAUCCUAAAAAA